CCCCACUCGCUGAUAGCUAGCUAGAGCCAUCUUUGCUAUCCAUCUUUGAACCAUGGCCGCCAGAACCCUCCUCGCCCUGGCAGCGCGAAGGCUAGAGGGAAAGGUGGCGGUGAUCACUGGUGGGGCGUGCGGCAUCGGAGAAUCUACCGCGAGGCUCUUCUCGAAGCAUGGGGCUAAGGUCAUCAUAGCCGACAUCAACGACGACUUGGGCAAGUCGGUGUGCAAGAACUUGGGGCCGGAGACCGCAUCCUUUGUGCAUUGCGACGUAUCAAGCGAACCCGACGUUGAAAAUGCCGUUGCCACCGCAGUUGACAAGCAUGGGAAGCUGGACAUAAUGGUGAACAAUGCUGCGAUCGGGGACCCGACCAAACUCAACAUCUUGGACAAUGACAAGGCCGACUUCGAGAAAGUGAUCAGCGUGAACCUGACGGGCGUUUUCCUAGGGACCAAGCACGCAGCUCGAGCCAUGAUCCCAUCGCAAAGGGGAAGCAUCAUCAAUGUCGGGAGCGUCAGCUCGAGCGUGGGCGGGGUGGCGUCCCACGCGUACGCCAGCUCCAAGCACGCCAUCGUGGGGCUCUCGAGGAACGCGGCCGCCGAGCUUGGGCGAUACGGGAUCCGCGUGAACUGCCUCUCGCCUUAUUUCAUCCGAACGCCGUUGACAGAGGAGAUGUUCAAGCUCGACGAGAAUCCGGGAUUCCGAGUGUAUUCCAACUUGGAUGGGGUGACUCUUCAGGAAGAAGAUGUAGCGGAGGCUGCUCUCUUCCUGGGGAGCGACGAGUCCAAGUACAUCAGCGGCCACAAUCUGGCGGUGGAUGGGGGCUUCACCACCAUCAAUCCCGCCUUCGGCGUGUUUGCUCGUGCUUAACGAGAAACGCUUCUUCGUGCCAUUACUAUUGUACCCUGCAUGUUUUCCCACUUUGUACCUUGUAUCGAAUAAAAAGUCUGGUGAAUAAUUGAUGCC